UCCCAUUAUUUGCAGUAUAUAAUUCAUUGUCAUCUGCAUCCCUCUCAGUCCUGCUACAGCUCCAUUCAGCAUCACAACAGCAGCAUAAACAUGUCGACCAAGGUUGCAGUGGUUACUGGCAGUAACAAAGGCAUCGGUCUGGCCAUCGUCCGAGCGCUCUGCAAGCAGUUCGAUGGAGACGUUUACAUCACUGCCAGAGAUGUCGGUCGGGGUGAGGAAGCAGUGAAGACUCUGAACUCAGAGGGACUGAAACCCAAGUUCCACCAGCUGGACAUCAAUGACCUGAACAGCAUUAAAACUGCUGCUGCCUUCUUUAAAGGGAAGUAUGAUGGAGUGGACAUUCUCAUCAAUAAUGCUGGAACAGCAUUCAAAGCGUCAGACCCAACUCCCUUUGGUGUCCAGGCAGAGGUGAUCCUGACGACAAACUUUUUUGGAACUAGAGACAUGUCGACACAUUUCCUGCCAAUGAUCAGAGCUGGAGGUCGUGUGGUGAAUAUCUCCAGCAUGCUUAGUGUCACUGGUUUGAAGCAAUGCAGCCCAGAACUCCAGCAGCGUUUCCGCAGCGAGGACAUCACAGAGGACGAGCUGGUGGGACUGAUGAGAAGAUUCCUCGAUGAUGCCAAGAAAGGCGAACACAAGCAACAUGGUUGGCCUGAUAUGGCAUAUUCAGUGUCUAAGAUUGGAGUGACGGUGCUGUCCAUGAUUCAUGCUCGCCGUCUGUCUAAGGAGAGACCAAAUGAUGGGAUCCUGGUGAAUGCCUGCUGUCCAGGAUGGGUGCGCACUGACCUCGCUGCACCAGGUGCUCCCAAGUCACCAGACGAGGGCGCCAUCACUCCUGUCUACCUGGCCCUGCUGCCUCCAGGAGCCAAAGAGCCUCAGGGAAAAUAUCUCUCAGACAAGGAAGUCCAGCCGUGGUGAAAGAGAGUUUAGUGUGUGAUUCCAUAAAGAAUUGUUUGAGAAAAGUGGUGUUCCAGGCAUCAAAUACACAAACCAUGGAUUGUGUCAUGCCAAUUUUGCAUUUUAAAACUGCAUCAAACAGACUGAUUUUGUUCCGGUGAUGUGGUAUAUGCUUGUUUGUGUAUUUUGGGAUAAAAUAAUCAGUGUUAAAGUGACAGUGUUCAUGAUGACUACUCAAUUUGUGGCCUGUUUCUAAAAUUGUAUGCCUUCUUUUUGAUGUACAACGCAAACUUGCUUUAACUGAAAUUUAAAAAAAAAUAAAGUGCUUUUAAUUAAGACUCAUUUCCUGUCAAAACAAUCAAUCAACUUCAAAGUAAGGUUUUUAAAAGUGCACAAUAGCAAUACAUCUACAUUGUGAAUGUAUUUUUCUAAUAUAAAAUCAUCCGUACUAUAAUAGAUCAUUAUUAAAAAAAUGAUGAGGCUGGGGUUUCAGAAGUAAUACGGCAGCUGCAUUUGGCACCAUGAGACAGUUUUUAGAGCAUCUUGUCAAGUC